AUGGAAGUUGUAUUCCGUGUUAGAGAACAAGAGGCGAGAUAUGCUAAGCUAGCUGAGAGACAAAUGGAUUUGACUCGCUAUCCUCACCACCCGACUAUGGAAAGAGAGUCAUCUCCAGAAACACCACAAGCUUAUGAACAUUUAGAUGAUGACAUGUAUGUAGCAGAACAAGAUUCUGAACCUGACACUCCUCCUGGAUACUAUGAAUAUGGACAUAUACCCGUAGAUUAUCUUGAACCUGAAUACGAACCUACGCCUGAGGAUGAUCAUGUGCCGGAAUAUGAGCCUCUACCUGAAGAUGAACCCAUUCCUAAGUAUGAGCCUGAGACUCCUACUGGUUCACAAGAAAUUCAAUCUGAAGACAUGACUGACGUCAAGCCUGAACAACAACAACCUGCUGCAUCCGCUGAAUCAGUGGCCCCAAGAAAUGCUCCUCCGAGGAUCGAGCAUGCUCCUAAUCAGAACACGCAUGGGCAAGCCAUCGAUGCACUGCAACAUGAAGUCCAACAUAUACGCAACGAAACCUGUCCAAACCAGUACAUGCGUGAAAACCACUCCCCUAGGCUAGGAGACGCACGUCUCCACCUCUGUGGGACCACCCAUCUGCAUGUUACGGACAGGAGACGCACGUCUCCAUAUCCUGUCCCCCAGCAGACUGCCUGCCUGAGACGCGCAUCUCCCAAGGGCAGCAGCUGCUCUGCUUCGUUGACCACGCAGAGGCAUCACUUCUCCCUCUAA